AUGGGAAUACACAUCCAAAUACCCGAAAACAGCGACUUUUUGCAGUCCUGUUUCCGCAACGGAGACAUUGGCCUGGUGUACGGGUGUCUUCUGGUCAAGAGCCCGCGUCCGCUCGUCUUUUUCACCGAGCGUCUUUCGGGCUGUGUUCUCCACGUCUGCGACUCCAAAACACCCCAAAAUUCGCCUCGAAAGGUCUGUUUGACCACGGAGGCUGUUUCUGGUGCACCAAAGAGUCUAAUUGCCGAAUCUGGGCGUCCAGGCAUCGCUGGCGAUGCUAUUGGAGCAGAAAACCUUCAGAACAGAAGAGAGGUCACUACACAGGUCUUGAAUGAGCUACGUAUAGAAGGAGAUGUGGAUGCUGCCGACGGUACGUCUGUCCAUGUGACUGCGUGGCUUUUUUCCGUAUCUGUGCCGUCAAUUUCCGGCGAUCUGGGAGUUUUCAAGCUCACAGCCUCAAUUGAUGCUUUGGGCUAUGAACGACGGAAGUCCAUCUCUUUGACAGCCAAAGAUGCUCAAAAUUCGAUCCUAAAUGACACGUCGCUUCCCGAGCAGAGCUUGCUGCUGUCCAUGGCGGUGUUUGAGGCGGCCAUGUCUCCUCCAUUACUUCUCAGCCUAAGAACUACCAAUAUGGGCAAUUCAGGAACCCAUGGCGGGUGUGUAUUUGCUACCCUCCGUGUUCUGGCCCCACGCGCAUCUUCGGUUGCGAAAGAAAAUUUGCAUCUCAACAUUUUGUCGUUGACAGCCUCCGCGAAGGGUGGAAAGGUGGUCCCAAUGGGAAAUACGACCUUCCCGCUUCGCUGUGCGUUCGACGACGUGGUACAUCUCACAUAUAGGCUAGAUUUCCCCGAAUUUUUGGCUGAGCCCGGCGCUGAGCUCUUUAACCCAGGGAAUUCUCUCAGCUUCAAGUUCAUCGUUCAGUACCAGAAAUUCGAUCAUCCCAUCACUCCAGAAUUGCCCGUUCGCUGGUCUCCCUCGCUUGACUGCGGCAACCCAAAAACCCAGCUCAAUCCGACCCCGCAGAAUAGGAAAGCAGUGACUACUAGCACUAUCACCAAUCAGUCUAGAUCGCCAAAUGGCUUUUCAGGAAAGAUCGGUCCUAGCGGUAUCAACAGUCCUAACGGAACUGUCUCCUCACCCUCGCUCUCUAUUACCAAAUCAGCCGGUGUCUUGAAGCAUAAACCGUACCGAAGUGCAGCACUGCUUCCUGGAACUGCGCUGACCGUCACUCUCAACUUGGCUAUCCCCACAACUUCAAUUUUAAGUGGUCUUCGACUCUCAUUUACCGGAAAGCUCAGUAUCUCACUUGGAGAAGUGGCCUAUUGGAAGCUCCAGGUCAUAAAUACUGGCACCCGCGACAUGAAUCUACACAUGUCUGCCAGAAAAAGCCGCAAGAAUACGCAAGUGUAUGCGUUACCGAACAACUCCAGCGUGGGUGCUCUCUCCAUCGCAUCCAACAAAUCCACCAAAAAAGAGGGGAAAGCUGUUAAGUUCGAGGACCGCUAUGUCACAUAUAGUCCGAUGCAACUCUACAACCAGUACAAUUCGCUCAAGCCUGUCCGAGAAGGAGUGGUAAUACUCACCAACGAUCUUCGUCUCGGAAAGUUGGAAGCCGAAGAAGUCUUUGAGACAGAGUUCCAAUUGGUUGGGUUCGUAAAGGGAGUACACACACUCGAGGGACUACGGAUUUAUGAUGUUCAUUCGGGUGAAGGAAUUGAAGUUGGCCGGUUGUUGGAAGUUUUCGUCAUCUAG